AAAAAAAACUUCCUCAAAUUAACGUCAAUCUUUUAUUUUAUAUUUUCAUCUUUCCAAGUCAAAGGUUUCUGAUCCUGGCAGAAACCUUUGACAUGGGAAGAUGAUUUUCUCUAGGCGCGGUGAAAAAUUAACCUUAUUUAUUGUCACUUGCAUAAAACCAACCAAAACAGGUAAAGAAUAAAAUCAGCUUGUUAGCUAUAUAAUUUUGGAUAUUUUCUCUCGUUUUAUCUUAAUACAUGCAGGUAUCUCUUGAAACAAACUUCUAGGUAUAGAUGAUUGGACAGUUUUUACUGGAACAUAUUGUAAACAUCUUGUAGAGGUAGAAUGACAUUUUUUGCAGUAUAAAUGGGGAUUUCAUUGAAGGAGGCUGUGUAAAAUGACAUGCUUAAUCAUGCAGGGGUAAGAGUAGAAGGUAGAAGCAGGAUGACAAAUCAGCUGUCUAGAGUUGGAUUUAUUAUCAUGUAACACACUUCUCUGACCUCAGGUAUAUAAGGUUGAACUUUGACAUGCUUAUUAAGGAUAGCUUACUUCCCAUUAAUAAGACAAAUCAAGUCAAAGGUUGGUCGUCUAACAAUCACUAAUAUUUAUACAUACAUAUAUCAUAUAUUAGCUAGACUUAGUAUAUAUUUUAUCUUUUGUAAUAGUUCACUGGAUUAGUUAAAAAUUUAUCAGUAAUUUUAACAUUUAACAGUUAAAGACCAUCUAGCUAGACAAAUUACAAUUUGUAAUGAUAUUGAAAAAAGGAAAAUGGAGUGUGUAUUAACGCAUGGAGUGAAUUUAUUGAUGUUACUCAGGUUCAUGUGAUAUUGAUCACACACAGGGCAGCCUCUGUAAUUAGAACUUUAAUCAAUUAAUGCAGCAUCACUCUGCCUACUGACACCAGAUGAGUGAUGUGGUCUCCCUAUCCCAUUCCCUGGGGGUGGUGGCUAGGUCUUGCUUUCAUUGGCUUGCUGAUAUAACCCCUCAGUAAUUAUUCAUUCUUUAUACACAAAUAUUAUGCUUUCUAGAUAGGGGUUGUUGUUUUGUAAUGCUUGAUUUGUUUCUAUGUUUCAAUUAUUUUAUCAGUCCGCAUUGCAGUAUAAUCGCUUCAAUAUUGUGACUGUUAAGACAUCUGGGGAAAUGUCGUCAGCCCGGGAUUUAGCCCGCUACAGCCUGAGGGUUUUGUUUAUCACUUUCAUCAACAUGUUGGGCAUCCCCUCCUACCUCACCUGGUUUCUUCUGCUGCAGCCCCUAAAGUUGUAUAACCCAAAACUCUUCUGGAAAAUAGAGUCCAUUCUGUUCCGGUCCCUGUUAACAGUUGUGACGACGUGGCUGUACUCCGGGGGAUACACAAUUGUUGAGUCAGGAGACAGUUUAGAGGGUAUAAUGGAUGAUGAAGCAGUUGUCCUUGUCAACCACCAAUCCACUUCCGAUGUUCCGGUUGUGAUGUCGGCCAUCCAUAACAAGAGCCUCGUUUCGGGAAGGGUCAUGUGGGUGAUGGACGAUAUCUUCAAGUAUACGAACUUUGGGUGGAUAUCUUAUGUACAUGGCGAUUUCUUUAUUGUACAGGGGAAAGAAGCCAGAAGUGAUUCUCUGGAAAAGUUGGAAAGCCAUAUUAACAGCAUGUACAAAACAACCUUCAAGAAGUGGAUCAUUCUGUUUCCAGAGGGAGGUUUCCUACGCAAAAGAAGAUUCCGCAGCCAAGAAUUUGCAAAGAAAAACCAGCUUCCAGUCCUGCAGCAUGUGACACUACCCCGUGUAGGGGCCCUCAAGGUCAUCAUAGAUAACCUCACCCCACAGACUACUGCUAAUAAAGAUAGCCUCACCCCACAGACCACCGCAAAUGGUGGGAGCCCAGGCGUACAAGAAAGCCAAUCAAAUCAAAAGACCUUAAAGUGGAUAAUAGACAUGACUGUUGGGUACCCAGGGGCCACACCUUACAACUCCCACGGGAUGUUUGUUGGUUACUGGCCACCGCGUAAAGUACAAAUUCACUACCGAGUGUACCCUAUGAGUGACGUUCCUACAGACAGGGAGGGACUGACGAACUGGAUGUACAAACGGUACCAAGAAAAAGAAGUUUUCCUUCAGGAGUUCUACACAAAGAGCAAGCCUCUUGAUGAAUCUGAUGAAGAGAAGAGAUACAUGAGCAGGAUAGAGCGACGAGACUUAGAAAUGGAUGUAAUAGUUGCAAGCUUGUGUUACUUGUUUCACGUGUGUUCAUUUAUUUUUUUCUGGUACUAUUUAUAUUCUCCUGUUUUCAGGAUAUUGGGAUUUUUUCUAAGUUUUAUAUUUUAAAUAAUGUGAAUACUUUAUUGAUGAGGAACAAUCAGUAUACUGUGAAAUCAUUAGAUUUCGUGGUGGUUCAAUUUUCGUGGAAUUCGUGGGUACCUUUCGUUCACGAAUUUACAUCUUCCACGAAUUACUAAAUUAUGAUUGUUAAGUCAUAUUUCUUUUUUUAGAUGUACAAUAAAACACAAAAUUACGUCCCAUCGAACCCGUAAAAUUUAAACAAUCCACAAAAAUUGGCCCCCAUGAAUUCAAAUGAUUCCACAGUAAUGUUUGUGAUGUUUUAAGUGGGUAACUUUAUUUUGCAUUUUGCAAAUUCUAAAGUAUGUACCAACAUGCACAUUUAUGAUUUGAGCUUUUAGCUUUUGUUUUAAUUUGCUUAUUAAUAAAAAAUUAAACAAAACUAGUAAAAAAGUCUAGGUAAAUUGAAUUACAAUUGUAGUGUACAAUUAGAUCAGUUUAUUAUUGUAUACACAGAUCUAUAUCAUUUCUUAUAAUCACUUUGUAUCAUGCCCGUUAUGCAUGACUUUUUGAUUGAUGCAUAUCCGCAAGUUUUAAUUAUUGGAUCUCACAGAUAACAAUCAAUCCUCCACGUCCGAUAAACCCUAAUUAUACUCCAGUAUUAUUUACGCUUACAGCCAGAGCUGUAGGGAUCUCUCUCUUUACCAGAUUCUCUUCUAUAUAAAUUUGAAUAUUUUUGCAGACUACAGGGGUGGUCCAUUUACAGUAAUAUCAGUUCAUAGUCUUUGCUUUGUAUUAUAAGCAGGCUUUAAUCACAAAGCUUUCUUACAGACGUUUAGAGAGAUGUCGGCAAGGAGAGAGAGAGAGAGAGAGAGAGAGAGAGAGAGAGAGAGAGAGAGAGAGUCGGUUCAUGUAUUACUUAAAUGCACAAAUCCAGAAAAGCAUUUUUUCAGUAAAUUUAAGAGAUUUGUAUUUUCAAAGGAUGGGGGGAUUCCAGACCCAGACCUUCCCUCUCAGAUCUGUGCAUGAAUAACUAUAAAAAUGUUCCCCCUCUCUCUCUCUGUAUGAUUGUUAGCAGUUGCUUAAUUUUGUUAAUACAUGUAUUCUCAUUAAGCCCAACACAGUUGAUACAGUGUACACACAAAUAUGAGAGCAUUAUGUCUUUUUUGUCUUUCAUGUUUUAUAUCACAUUGCUUGUUGAUGUUACAUUUCAGGGGAACCUGUUUUUUUUUUAUUAUUUAUAUUCUUGCCAUACUUAUAUUACGCAGAAUUUUUGUGAAUGACAUAAGAUACCGUCUUGACAUUCCAGAUUUCUCAAGAUGAAGUUCUUAAUGUACAGUAUUCACUAAACAUUUUCUGGUUCAGACACCCAUGUGUGUUCUUAUAUUUCAAGUCCAUACUUUGAUUUAUACACAUCUACCUAUGGGUUGUGUGUUUUCAAUUCAAAA